AUGGCUGAUAUCACCAGCCUCGAGGAAGACAUUAAGCAAUACCAAGAGCAGCUUGAUGUCGUAAAUCUCGGUUUAAAAGAUGAUCCCGGUAACGCAGAGCUUCUUGCUCUCAAGUCUGAGUUAGAUGAUGCGCUUGCGCUAUUGAACGAGACCCUUGCUGAGCUAAAGCCGACCAAGGCACCGCCGAAGCCGAAAGCGCCAUCGCCACCGCCAGUCCAGGAGAAAUGGUCACGAGAGAAUCACCCCGCGUUCAAGAAAGCCGCUGCCGUCGAAGAGAAGGAAGCCGACGCGGGUCCGGUGAAUUACAAAGUCAACGAUACCGUUAUGGCCAAAUGGGUCUCUGGGGAUAAAGGAUUCUACCCCGCGCGCAUUACUUCCAUCACCGGCUCGUCCACGGCUCCCAUCUACGUCGUCAAGUUCAAGAGUUAUGAUACGACCGAACAACUACGCGCCAAGGAUAUCCGUCCUGUAGCACAGAAGCGAAAGGCCGAUGGCACGCCGGUCGGCACCGCCAGUCCAUUCUCGGCACCGUCUCAACCCGCAGCUCCUUCGACGUCCUCCAACCCUGGCGUCAUCUCCGCUGCCGCUAGCAUCAACCCCGAGUUAGCACAGAAGAACAGAGAGGAGGCAUUGAAGAAUGCCGGCGAUGCGAAACCCAAGGCCAAGAAACUCAAGGCGACCAAAGAGCUUGAGGCUGGCAAGAGCAAGUGGCAGGAAUUCAACACCAAGUCGAAGUUCGCCAAGUCGCACAAGACCAAGAAGGACAGCAUGUUUCGCACUCCUGAAGGCGUUCACGGAAGAGUUGGAUUUACAGGUUCAGGGCAAGCUAUGCGGAAGGAUCCCACAAGAAGCCGCCACAUCUAUCAAACCAAUGAUGAUUUGGACUAA